CUCGACUUUCGACUGCAGUCGGUUACUUCAGCCUUACCACUCAAACGAGCCCACUAUCAAUUGAGUAUACUGACGCGACAAGUAGGCCUUUCAAACGGCUCAGUCGGAAGAUAUUGGACUACUUUAGGAGAAAAACAAUUAGCGGGGACUUGUCUUCAAAGAAAAGCCCUCAAAAUGAACAAUAUUGCAGUGGAGGGGGAUGACCACAGUUUGGAAGUGUCCUCAAAGGGUAAAAUCACUGUUAAUAAUGUUGAAGACAAGUCGAGGGAGGGGGUCUUGCCGAGUGGCCUCAGAAAACCCCGCAGUUACAGGCCAAAAUCUAAAGAUCAUAAAAGGCUUAACCCUCACAAAUUAGUUUUGCAAUAUAUUGUGCCAUGUAUGAAUUCAUAUGGUCUGUGCAUUGUGGACAAUUUUCUCGGAAACAAAAUUGGAGAGCGCGUUCUACAAGAAGUCCGACACAUUCACCAAGGUGGAAAGAUGCAAGACGGGGAACUUGCAGGUGGAAACUUUGGCAAAAAUAACUCCAUUCGAGGUGAUAAAAUUGCGUGGGUGGAAGGGACUGAAACAGGUUGUGAAAACCUUGGCUUUCUAUUGACAAGGAUGGAUAAACUCAUCACCUAUGCCGACGGUAAACUGGGAAGCUACAAAAUUAAAGGGAGGCAUAAGGCGAUGGUGGCGUGUUAUCCAGGGAAAGGGACAGGAUAUGUGAAACAUGUGGACAAUCCCAAUGCUGACGGUCGCUGCAUCACCUGUAUCUACUACCUCAACAAAAACUGGAACCCCCAGGAGCAUGGAGGAAUUCUUCGCAUUUUUCCCGAAGGCAAAUCCUACGUUGCAGAUGUUGAGCCCCUGUUUGACAGACUGCUGUUCUUUUGGUCAGAUAGAAGGAAUCCACAUGAGGUGCAGCCUUCAUAUGCAACAAGAUAUGCUAUAACCGUGUGGUAUUUCGAUUCAGAAGAAAGGGCAGAGGCAAAGAGACGGUUUAGAGACUUAACAGCCUCCACCCAAGACCCGGACGGAAGCAGUACUCCCUGAACUUUGACCUCAUAAGAGACUCCAUCCUGUGUGACACAAUACAACACUGGAUCCCUAAUCCUUUGUGCUGACAGAGUUGUCAUGCUUUGGUCUAAUCACUGUUUGGACUGUGCUGUGGUACCUCUUCUAAACGCUACAAAGAUGUUGAAAGCUACAAAGAUGUGUGGUUGUGGUAGAUGAUAAGAAGAGACGUUAAUGGCUUUGUGCAUAUAUUUAGAAAUAAAAUGAUUUUCUGCUCCUUUCAAUAACAGCGAUUCUCGUCAUUGUAGUUAAAUGAAUCAACCCAAAUAAUACUGUACUACUUCCUGAAAUGUCUUUAUAUAAUAUAGUUAAAGAAUGUAUUUGGGUUAAAAUAACUGAAUUUUCUCCUUUAACUACUGCUGUUCUAAAAUAAUUGAUUACCAGUUCAUGCAUGCCGGUUUGUAUAGUUCUGUUUGAGAGAGAGAGAGCGAGAGAGAGAGAGAGAGCGAGAGAGAGAGAGAGAGAGAGAGAGAGAGAGAGAGGGUGGGGUGUGUGCAUGCUCACGUGUGUAUUAUACAAUUUGGCUCAUCUAUAAUUAAAAUGUUUGCAUGUAAAUCUUGAACAGUAAAGAUGAAUUGAGGUGACAAUGUUAUGAUGAAAAUCACUAAGGCCUAGAUUCAAUCAGAUCAAGCGUUAACUGACGAUAGCUGACACCUGCAUAGCUGAUGUUUUGGCGCUGUUGGAGGUGGAACAGCAUUGGAGAUGUCAAAUCGCAGCUGCUCUUGAUCAUUGUCAGGAAGCCACAGCCGUCACACUUCCGUUAGAAGUUCAGAAUGAGAAAGUAUAGACUAUAUAGAAAUAAUGACGCUCAAGCUGAAAAUCAUUAAACAAACGGAUGAGGAUUUCUAUCAGCCUACUCGAGGUGUAGAUUACAUCUUACAUUCCAGUAUUCCAACUUGUAAACAAGGCUGCAUGGGAUUUCUCUUAAUGCGACUCCAUGAGGCCGAUGGCAAUGUCCACUUUAGGUAUGUGCCAGGUGCCGCUUGUUGAUUUGACAGCGCUAACGCCGUUCCCCCUCCAUCACCACCAAAACAUCCAAAACAGGUGUGAGCUAUCACCGGUUAACGCUUGUUCUGAAUCGUCUGACUUGUUUUAAGUUGGUAAUGCAAUCUGGGGCACUCAAGGGCCAAUCCAAAAUGGCGCCCCUAUUUUUCUAUGUGGUGCACUACUUUACACCAGAUCAGCUUCUGUAUAUACGCCUUGUGAGAAAAAAAAUCAAUUGUUGAUGCAACAUUCAACUGUUUACAGAGGUGGUGAAUGAAAAACUGUUCAUUGUGGAUAUACAGCACUCUAUGUGUGGUUGUUAUCUGUAAUGGAUUUUUGUGCUUAAAAUCAGCUUGCAUGCUGGUCAGCCAAGCUGGUGGAUACAGUUUAUAGUAUAGUGAAUCAUGUGGUUUUGUUAAUGUUUGUUACUUAUAUUCAAGACAAAUACAAUUAUUUUCCACCUGAA